AUGAGUUCUGAGCCAGAAGAAGAAAAGAAGAUUGACGACAGUCAGUACACAAAACCACCCACCAUUGAUGAUGACGACAGUGAUGACGAUCACAGUUAUGUCUCCGAACCAGACGAAGCACAAAAACGGUAUGCGGCAUUGCGAAAUCACCAAAUCCGGUUCUCGGACGCCAUUGAUCCGAAUGCGGAACGCGUCUAUCAAGUCAAGGAAAUUGACAUUGUCUUGGGUCGAGGCCGUGGUUUUCAAAACCAUUCCGGCAAUCGCCGAAUGAGACUCAUCAUUGAAAACUUUAAGAAUCGUUACCAUUCCAUGAAUCGAAUCGAGAAACGAAAAAUGGUCAAGGAAGUCUACGAUAAAAUCAGUGAAGGCGGAGCAAGGUUCCUCAAGAAGCUUGACAAUGAAGAAGCAUGGGUGGUGGUUGAUCUACCUGUUGCCCUUCAGAAGGUCAGUCAUACCAUGCGAUGCCGCAAAAGUAUCCACAAGCGGUUGGAUGCCCAUGGCCUGGUGCCUCAAGGAGUGGGUGGUCCACAACCGGAAUUGCACCCUCAUACCGGCAUGCCAAUGUUGAGUACUAGUUUUGCACCACAAAGGAUGGGUCCAUUGGGUGCCACUCAUCUAGGCGGUAUUCCAAGAAUUGUCAGUACUGGAACAGCAAGAGAUCAUCCUCUGGGAGUUGUUCCUCCUUCAGCAUUUGCCGCCAUGGCUGGAGUUCCAUCUGCCAUUGCUCCUCGCCCAAUGGCGCUUGGAGCAGGCCUAUAUCCCACUACACCAGGAUUAUCUUCCCUUGUCGACCUCGAAGCCCAACAUUUUGCUGCCCACAGCAGAUACCAUUCGAUUGCUGGCAUGACUGCCGAGGCCCGGAUGGAUUACAUGGACAAAAUGAGACGACAGCAGAUUAUCCGAGAAACUCAAAUGUACGCUCGAAUGGGGGAUGCUCUACUCAUGAAGUCGGCACCUGGAAUGGCAUCGGCUCUAGGAGGAACGAGUGCUGCUGGCCUACACCCUUCAACGAUGCACGCUGGUUUGCAAGGUGCUGCGCUCCAUCCAUCUGCAGCUGGACAAGCUUAUAGGAAAGUACCCACUACAGCACCACCACCACAAGAUUCUUCAAGCCUACAAACUCCUUCUUCAACCCUAGCUGCCUCGACAAAGGGUGAGACUACUGCUGCCAGUAACUAG